AUGCGCAUCGAGCAGCCCAAGCCUCAAGAAUUGCAGCCCAAAUAUGCCUCCAUCGUCGAGCACGACGCCAACCCAAAGGGUUGGUAUGGUACGAUGAUCAAUGCUCUCGGCGCAUGCAUGGGAACCUUUGGUGCUGUUCCGUGCUGCAUCUGCUGUCCAAACCCAUUCAAGCAAGUACACCAGGGUAACGUGGGGUUGGUCACAAAAUUCGGAAAGUUCUACAAGGCUGUGGACCCGGGUCUGGUUCAGAUCAACCCUCUUUCAGAACGCCUGCUCCAGGUCGACGUCAAGAUCCAGAUCGUCGAGGUGCCGAAGCAGGUUUGCAUGACCAAGGACAACGUAACCGUCCAUCUUACGUCCGUCAUCUACUACCACAUCGUCUCACCGCACAAGGCCGCCUUCGGCAUCGCCAAUGUUCGUCAGGCCCUCAUCGAGCGCACCCAGACGACGCUGCGCCACGUCGUCGGUGCCCGCAUCCUCCAAGACGUGAUUGAGCGUCGCGAGGAGAUUGCCCAGAGCAUCGGAGAGAUUAUCGAAGAUGUUGCCGCCGGCUGGGGUGUCGCUGUCGAGUCUAUGCUCAUCAAGGACAUCGUCUUCUCGCAAGACCUUCAAGAGUCUCUUUCCAUGGCUGCCCAAAGCAAGCGUAUCGGAGAGUCCAAGAUCAUUGCUGCCAAGGCCGAGGUUGAGAGUGCCAAGCUCAUGCGCCAGGCUGCUGAUAUCCUGUCCUCUGCACCUGCCAUGCAGAUCCGCUACCUCGAGGCCAUGCAGGCAAUGGCCAAGUCUGCCAACAGCAAGGUCAUCUUCCUUCCAGCCGCCAACCAGACUAUGGGCCAAGGCAACCCGGGUUUCCAGCAGGCCUUUCAGCAAGAAAUCGGGGAGAGCUCUAACUCGGCAGCCGACUUCGGCAGUACCGACCCGCAAUUUCAGCGCGCGAUGAACGCACACAUCGUUGAGAACAUUUGA